CAUCCAUAUAACACCAUGGCAAAAUCAAGGAUUGUGUUUAGGGAUGUGAUCGUGGUAGGGGCAGGCUGGUCGGGUCUUUUGGCUUGUAAAUGCAUGUUAGAGGAAGGUUUAACUGUAAUGGCAUUAGAGAAGCGCUCUGACGUGGGCGGGCUGUGGUGCUACACUGAAGAUUCAGAUGUGAUUACCGUCAUGAGGAACACGAAAACCACUUCUUCUUCGUCCGUAACUGAGAUGUCCGACUUUCCGAUGCCCGAGGAGAUUGGCCAAUUUCCAAAGCACGAGGAUGUACUCAAGUAUUUGAAGUCUUACUGUGAUACUUUUCAUUUAUGGCUGCAUAUUCGCCUUGAUCAUUGCGUGACGAAAGUAACGAAAGACGGCGAACUUUGGCGAGUGAAGUGCGAGAACGGCCGACAGUACACGAGCAAGUUUCUGAUUGUGUGUACGGGAAGCGUUCAGAAGCCCAACCGCGAUCUUCAGCAUUCGUUACUUAAAGACUUUGUCGGAGAAAUUCGCCAUAGCUCCGAGUUCAAGACGUUUAUUCCCGAACAUGCUAAUAAACGCGUAAUGCUGAUUGGUGGUGGAGAAACAGCAAGUGAUGUUGUCGAGGAAUGGUACGAUCACGUUUCACGCCUAAUUUGGUGUAUACCACGUGGGAUGCAUUUCUUCCGGAAGUUUGCAAAAAUUCUUCCUCAUCGUCAUCCUCAGGCUCUGGACAAAGCUUCCUCUAGAGUUAUGAAGUUUAUUGCUCCCUUCACGAGGAGUAAACCAGGUUUGGCAUGGAUCUGCAAAUGGACCGCAAACGGUUCUCUUCUUGCCUAUCAAGGCCAUGGUAUUGCUGAGUGGAAAAAUGAUGCUAAAUUCUUUCGCUUCUUCAUCAACAAAAAUGGGCACGUGUUGGAUAAAGUGGAUUACCAACGUUGCAUUCCUAAGGGAGCCAUUAAGAGAAUUAAAGGAAACAGGAUCACCUUUAAUGACGGUACUGAAGAAGUUGUUGACGUAAUUAUCCAAUGCACAGGGUACAGAACAGAAUUCCCCCUCCUUCCGGAAGAAUUCCGAAACGUUUCUCUCGUGGAUAACUACAAAUACAUCUUUAACAUUGAAGACCCAACAUUGACAUUUGUUGGCUACGUUCGUCCUGUAGUCGGCUCGAUCUCGGGAAUAACGGAGAUUCAGUCGCGUUUCGUCGGAAAAGUGUUCUCGGGAAAGUGUCGCCUUCCAUCGAGAGACCAACGUUACCAGGAGGCUACUAAGGACAAGGAAUUCUGGGACGACUUCUUCAAAGACUCAUCCCGAAGAUUGGUUACCUUGGUGGAUGGGUACACCUAUAUUGAUGAUAUCGGCAGCCUGUGUGGAAUAAAGCCAGACUACUGGAGGCUGCUGAGGCGCAAUCCUCGCGGCUGGUUGUUGGCUUUGUUCGCACCAUUCAGUGGAUGCUCAUUUCGUCUUAAUGAACCUGAAAGUGAAGCUGAGGCCUUGGAACAUUUGAAGGAACACAUGAGUGACACCCUAAGUCCCGCGCAUUUGCUGUUGAUAGCGUUCCUUCGCUUCAUCUGGUUCGACUUUUGGCUUAACAUUCUCAGUGAGAUUAAAUACAGGAUUCAAUGCGCUGGCUGGUGGAAGAAGAUUAGGGAAUGUCAACUCGUGCACAUCCUAAAUUGGUGUUGGCAAGCCCCCAAGCGAGUGCUGUUUGACAAUGCAACCAGAGCUUAA